AUGUCCCUCUUGCGGUUCUUUCUCUUGUCGCGUCGAGAAGACCAGGUCGCAACGCCGAGCAACGUCGUGGAAGAAGAACGAGACAACGACGAGAAGCUGCCUACCAAGGAUAGUGACGAUGUCGUAUCGAUCAAGGGACCUGUUCACGAUGACAAUUCCGAUCUCAAUCCGGGAGAGCUCACGUUCGAGGAGGAUGCCGCUGGAGGCAUGGGCCGUCACCUUGGCGUGUUCAGUUGCACGAUGCUCAUCAUCGGUCGUGUAAUUGGCACAGGUAUCUUCUCUACGCCCUCGUCAAUCCUAAAUUCCGUCGGUUCCGUCGGCGCAUCUCUGAUGCUCUGGGUGCUUGGAUUCGUACUGUCGUUCUGCGGGCUGUUCAUCUGGCUCGAGCUAGGCACGAUGUUCCCGCGCUCGGGCGGAGAGAAGGUGUACCUUGAGGCCGCAUAUCCGAGACCCAAGUAUUUGUCGACCGUCGUCUUCGCCGCGAACGCGAUCCUGCUGGGUUUCACCGCAUCUGGAUGUAUUGCAUUUGCAAGCAACAUCCUGAUUUCUGCAGGAAAGGAAGCGACGCAGUGGUCGAGCCGUGGCAUCGCAUUAGGAGUGAUCGUGUUCGUAACCAUUUUGCACGGUCUCACCCCGAGGCUCGGCGUCAUCGUCAUGAAUCUUCUGAGCAUAUUCAAGACGUUCAUCUUGUUGUUCAUCGUCGUGACCGGCUGGGUCGUUCUGUCGGGCCACACGAGCAUCAAGGACCCGCACGCGAACUUCAGGAAUGCGUUCGCCGGCAGUUCGCACAGUGGCUACGAUUACGCCACGGCGAUGUUCAAGGUCCUAUUCUCCUACGCCGGUUGGUUAAACGUCAACUACGUGAUGAACAACGUGCGCGACCCGAUCCGUACACUCAAGAUCGCGGGGCCGCUUGGGCUCGGGAUCUGCACGAUCUUCUACCUCCUCGCGAACGUCGCAUACUUUGCGGCUUCGACCAAGGAGGAAAUCGCGAACAGCGGUGUCACCGUCGCUUCGUUGUUCUUCGGUAAGGUGUUUGGCACGCAGGCGCAGAGAGCCUUGACGGUGUUCGUUGCUUUGAGGGUACGUAGAAUCAAUCGAUCUCACAAGAUCGAGCUAAUUGACAGGAUGUUUUUCGACCUAUCGCAUAUACAGAAACGUCGUCACGGUGGUACGUCUCUUCCCCCAUCAAUUGCGAUAGUAUAUUCACACCCAUGUGCAAAGGCCUUCGCUGCAGCUCGCAUCAACCAAGAACUCGCGAAAGAAGGCAUUCCGCUCCCUUUUGGCAAUAGAUUUUGGGCAUCCAACUGGCCCACGGGAAAGACGCCUCUUCCUGGGCUCAUCAUCCACAUCAUACCCACUAUUAUUAUUAUUCUAGGCCCUCCGCCCGCUGUAGCCUAUCCGUUCAUUUUGGACGUUGAGGGAUAUCCGGGACAAAUUAUCAAUUUCUUCGUUGUUAUCGGACUGUUCUGGCUAAGAUGGCAUAAGCCGCACGCUGUCCGACCUUUCAAAGUAUGGCUGCCGCUCGCAGUACUGUUCUUAGCAGCAGCCAUAUUCCUUCUCGUGGCCCCGUUCUUGCGCCCGCCCAACGGCAUUGGUGACACACCUCCCCUGCCUUACUAUCUAUAUUGUAUUGUGGGUAUUGGAGUUAUGUUAUUCGGUGUAUUCUAUUGGGCUAUGUGGCGUGUUGUCCCGCGAUGGUUCGGGUACAAAUUCGUACCGCGGAAAGAUACCUUAGCGGACGGUACAGUGCUUACCCUGUUUUCGUCACAAAAAAUCGAGUAA